UUUUACAGCGAAAAUAAGAUAUGCACAGCUAAGUCGAAGGAUCCUGAACGCUCACUUUUCUAUACAACAUAAAUACGGUUGAUAUUGUCUACGAAGUCACCAUACGCACAAUUUGUGUUCGAAUAUAAUUCACAAUUUUAAUAAGCUUUCCAAGCAUCCUGCUUUAUGUAUGUAAUUUCCAAAUGGCAAGCAAUUUCAACUAAUAAGUUGCCACAACAAGCAUUACUUUAAAACAAUUUUAAGCACAUUGAAACAAAACAAAAAAAUUACUUACAUAAUAUCAUCCAGAUGUUGCCAAAAUAGUUGAAAAUUUUAUUAUAAAUGAAGGAAAUUUUUAUUGAAUAGGAUUAGAAAUUUCAUAUUACUAGAAACGUAAAUGCCAUAAAACGAAGAUUUCGAUUAUCAUAAAGUAUCAAUGGCGUAAUUCAAUAAUUUUAAUUAAAAAUAAGUUAUCCAUAUUUACAUCAAUCAUAACUAUUUUUAUUUAACAUUUAAUUAUUAAGGAUUAAUUUCUUUCAAACAAAAAAUUAAAUUGUAAUAAAAUCAAGAAAUUAUAGCACGAGUCUAAUUUAAUUAUUAUUACAUAUCUUUACAAGAAAAAUAAAAAAACAAAAACAAAAAAGGAGUAAUUAUAGGCCAUAUUAUUGCAUAUUUAAAUAGAAAUUAAAAAACAAAGGACGAGUUCACAAGCAAACAAAAUUAAACAUAAUGGCAUUCAUAUGGCGCCGUCGAUCAACUUCAAUUGUUAAAGUUAUUAUAGUACUAACUGCAAUAUGGUUUACAAUAUUAUUUUUCUUCUAUUCUGAUGAUAAUCAUCGUAGCGGUUUAACAGCAUCCAGUCGAUGGCAUAAUAUAGCAUUAGGAUUAAAAAGUGCCCCAACAAUUAAUAAUCAAAAUAGUGGUUUUAAUAGUGGUAUUGAAACAGCUAUAAAUAGUGGUAAUGAUAAUGAUUUACGUGAUGGUGCUGAAUCUGUGAUUAAUAAUAUUGUUGUACAUCCGCAUGAGAAAUUAAAAUAUAAAAAAAUUACAACACAACAUCCAUUAGCUGCCGAAGAUAACAAUUCAAAUACAAUAGUUGAAAGUAAAGUUGAUAGCACAAAAAAAAAUAACAAUCAUAAAAAAAUUGAUGAUGAUGUUUCAGAUAGAGGUGUUUUAGAUGCCCCACUUCCACCAAAUGAUGACGCACCCGGUGAAAUGGGUAAACCAGUAGUACUGCCAAAAAAUUUAACAGCCGAUAUACAAAAACUUGUUGAUGACGGUUGGAGUAAAAAUGCUUUUAACCAAUAUGUCUCUGAUUUAGUAUCAGUACAUAGAAGUCUUCCAGAUCCAAGAGAUGCUUGGUGCAAAGAACAAAAUUAUUUAAAAAAUUUACCAAAAACUGAUGUUAUAAUUUGCUUUCAUAAUGAAGCAUGGACUAUUUUAUUGCGAACAGUUCAUUCAGUUCUAGAUCGUUCACCAGAACAUUUAAUUGGAAAUAUUAUUUUAGUGGAUGAUUUUUCAGAUAUGCCUCAUACCAAAAGACAAUUAGAAGAAUACUUUAUACCAUAUCCAAAGGUGAAAAUUAUUCGUGCACCAAAACGAGAAGGACUUAUCCGUGCAAGACUAUUGGGUGCUAGGCAUGCAAAAUCAGCUGUUUUAACAUAUUUAGAUUCACAUUGUGAAUGCACAGAAGGCUGGCUUGAACCAUUAUUAGAUAGAAUAGCACGAAAUUCAACAACAGUUGUAUGCCCAGUUAUUGAUGUUAUAAAUGAUGCAACAUUAGAAUAUCAUUAUAGAGAUUCGGGUGGUGUUAAUGUUGGCGGUUUUGAUUGGAAUUUGCAAUUUAGUUGGCAUGCGGUACCAGAAAAAGAAAAACAACGUCAUAAGAAUUCAGCAGAGCCUGUAUGGUCACCCACAAUGGCUGGCGGUCUUUUCUCAAUUAAUAGAAAAUUCUUUGAAUUACUUGGUACUUAUGAUUCUGGUUUUGAUAUCUGGGGUGGCGAAAACCUUGAAUUAUCAUUUAAAACAUGGAUGUGCGGUGGUACAUUAGAAAUUGUACCAUGUUCUCAUGUUGGUCAUAUAUUCCGUAAAAGAUCACCAUACAAGUGGCGGAGUGGGGUUAAUGUUUUGAAAAGAAAUUCAGUAAGAUUGGCUGAAGUUUGGAUGGAUGACUAUGCAAAAUAUUAUUAUCAAAGAAUUGGUAAUGAUAAAGGUGAUUUCGGUGAUGUUAGUUCAAGACGAGAGCUAAGAAAAAGACUGAAUUGUAAGAGUUUUAAAUGGUAUUUGGAUAAUAUUUAUCCGGAACUUUUUAUACCUGGUGAAGCACUAGCAUCAGGAGAGAUUCGUAAUCUUGGAUAUGGCGGUCGCACAUGUUUGGAUUCACCAGCACGUAAACGUGAUUUAAAGAAACCAGUUGAAUUAUAUCCGUGCCAUGGACAAGGAGGACAUCAGUACUGGAUGUUAAGUAAAGCUGGAGAAAUUCGUCGUGACGAAUCAUGUUUAGAUUAUGCUGGCCAAGAUGUUAUGUUGUAUCCAUGCCAUGGUUCUAAAGGAAAUCAGUUCUGGCAAUAUAUGGAAGAAACACAACAAUUACGUCAUGGAUCUUCAGAAAAAUGUUUAGCAAUUAAUUUAACAAAAGAUAAAUUAUUAAUGGAAGACUGUGAUGCCAGAUAUCCAAGACAGAAAUGGCGUUUAGAAAAUUAUGAUCCAUCAAAACUCUGAGGGUAUAUUUUUUAUAGGACAAAUAAUAUAAUUAAUAUUAAUACUAAUAAUAAUAAUAAUAAUAAUUAUAAUAACAAAAAAUUAAUAAUAAAUAGUUUAUUAUCAAAUUAUAAUCAUAGCUCAAAUUAUAUAAUCUUACCAGAAUCAACGGUGCACAAAAUUCAAAAUGAUAAAUACAAAACUGGUAAUAAUAAUAAAUAUUUUAAUAAUUUAUAUCAAUUUAGUGAAAAAAUGUUCAUUUUAUGAAAGUAAACAAAAAAAAAAUUCAAUAAAUUUGAAAUAUAAAAUUUUUAAAACGAUAAACUUUUGUUUUCGAAA